AUGUCAGAUACUUGUAUCGUCUGUCUGGGAGACUUGAGCAACGGUAAUGGAAAUGUUGCUGCACUUCCGACGGUCCUUGCCAAGUCUCCGCAGCAUGAUGCUGCCGCCGCCACGGCCUCGAAGACAGCCGAGGAUGGACGACACAACACAACCAUUCGUGACUCGACCGAAGACCACGCAGACGAGUUGAUUGCCCACCUUAGACCCUGCGGUCAUUAUCUUCACAAUGAAUGCCUAACCCCGUGGGUGGAACGGGCGAACAGCUGUCCAAUUUGCCGCGCAAGUUUCAAUCUGGUCGAAUUGAUGUACAAAGUUGAAGGCGAUGUCAUCUCCUCUUAUCCCGUUGAAGAUCGCACCCAAGUUGCCGAACUUGAUCCUUCCAUGUUCCUCGAGAUCCCCGAUGAAGACGACGAGGACCAAGCAUGCCAGGCAUGUGGCGAAGAUGAUAAUGAAGAUGUGCUCAUGUACUGUGACGGAUGUCAAAAGUUGUGGCAUACAUAUUGUGUCGAUCUACAAGAGGUGCCAUAUGGACAUUGGUUUUGUGACAACUGUCGGGCACAGCGCGAGGUAGACCCCCGGCAGCAGAACUUACCUCGUUCCGGCAGAGCCAGUCGACGCCGUACUCGAGGUCAGCAGCGUAGGCAACGCGGCUACGACUCAAGCUGGAAUCAAGUCUGGCAGACAGUGUGGUCACGUAUCAACCUAGACCUGGAUUUUCCUUAUGAGGAGGACGAGUCAUCUGCAACAUAUCUGAGACGACAUCGCCAACAUAGCCAUGCCAAUCGACAAGCUCAUGAUGCCUGGAGACGUCGCAUGCAGGUUGCUGAACUUCAAGGUGCUGGGAAUCGCUUCAGGGAGAUGGAGCCUGCUCUUCCCAGCAGUCCUGGUGGAGAGUCAACACCGCGAAUCCGGCGAAUCGGCACCUCACCGCGCCCACAAGUGGAAACUCCAGAAGAGCUUCUUGCAUGGCAUGCUUUUGAACAAGCGCAGGCCUCUCCAAGUGAGUCUGGCUCAGCAAGGAAGAGGAAGAGAAAGUCUCGGUCAGGUUCUCCGAGGGACUCGGAGGGUAGUGGUCCCCCUGCUGUCAAGCGACGCCGUCCAAGUGCACCUACACGGACUGUCUCUGAGGCUGGUGCCUCCGCAACCCCUAGUACUCGACCACGCGAACCUGCACGACUGGCAAGUCCUAUACCCCCGAGACAACCAAUUAUGGAUCCUGCUGCACCCAGCUUCCUGCAAUCACUUCUGCAGGAGGUAGAAGACUCUGGUUCAAGCUCACACAACGUCCACCUUCAUCGCCCUUCGCCUCGCCCUGCAGCAUCUACUCCCGCCGAGCAGAAUUCUCCACGACCUUCCUCACCAGCCCUAUCACCCAUGCCAUCAAACCAUUCCUCCCCUCGAGCCAUGUCUGCCACCCCUCCACCUCCCACUGGUCUCCGACCUAGCUCGCCAACUGGCUUGACAUCGCGUAUCCAACCCGUUUUCCCUUCCACAGAGUAUUCCCCCUUGCGUUCGCACUCUCCUGAACCAGCCAAUCCAAAGUCCGAACUUCACAACCAUCGCCAACCAGGUGUAGCCAAGGUACCUCCGAACUCCGGGCCGACUCUGGCCCACCCAAGACCAAGAACUCGUGUACCACGUAUACUGGAGACUUCCUCGACAUCGAAGCAGCAUGUUCGAUCUACAGAGACAUCUCCAACCCGAGCAGCCAUGUCUCUAUCUGCGAAAGAAGAUGUGCAGAAGCUCGUGGCGACGGCUCUAAAGCCACAUUAUCAUGAUCAGACCAUUACAAAAGACGAGUACACCAUUAUAAACCGGGACAUCUCGCGGAUGCUAUACGAUAGAAUCGGCGACUUUGAGGCGCUGGACGUGGACGGAAAGGCGAAGUGGGAAAAGGUGGCGGGUGACGAGGUAGAUAAAGCUGUGAGCGCCCUGAAAGCUCCAGGAUGA